CUUCUCCGGCUAACUGUGGUUGCAAACCGGCGCCUAACCGCGGCGACGCCUAGUCGGGAGGCGGUUCGCUCUUCCCCGCCAAGGUUUUGGCCAAAUUGGGCGAGGGCACAAAAUAACCACUUACCCCUUCUCACCGAGGAAGAACGGGAGAAAGGGUAUGGCACAGUCACAAGGCUGGGUGAGAAGGUAUGCCAAAGCCUUCUGUAAGGGUUUUUUUGUGGCGGUGCCCGUGGCCGUGACUUUCUUGGACCGGGUGGCCUGUGUGGCAAGAGUGGAGGGAGCAUCAAUGCAGCCUUCUUUGAAUCCUGGGGGGAGUCAAUCAUCUGAUGUGGUGCUUUUGAACCACUGGAAAGUGAGGAAUUUUGAAGUACAACGUGGUGACAUUGUGUCAUUGGUGUCACCUAAAAACCCAGAACAGAAGAUCAUUAAAAGAGUGAUUGCUCUUGAAGGAGAUAUUGUAAAAACCAUCGGCCACAAAAACCGGUAUGUCAAAGUUCCCCGGGGUCACAUCUGGGUUGAAGGUGAUCAUCAUGGACACAGUUUUGACAGUAAUUCUUUUGGGCCGGUUUCCCUAGGACUUCUACAUGCCCAUGCUACACACAUCCUGUGGCCUCCAGAGCGCUGGCAGAAAUUGGAAUCUGCUCUUCCUCCAGAGCGCCUGCCAGUUCAGAGAGAAGAGGAAUGAUGGCAUGGAGCUCCCUCAGCUGCUGGCAUUGGGAGGCCCCCACCACCCAUUGCAGAAGGGGUGGAGAGGAGGAGCCUUUAGAAGGGCAAAAAAUGAUCCACAUUAAUAAAGAGUUUUAAAAUAU